GAAAAACAGGCAGAUUUGCAACCGGGGAUAUGGAAACUUGCCAAAAACCAGAAAGCAUUACCACACGUUGCUUAUUUGUCAAUGCUAAAGCGACACACUGCUCCCGUUAAUGUAGUCAGAUUCUCGCCUAACGGAGAGUUGUUGGCCUCUGCUGGAGAUGAUGGAGUCAUUUGUCUAUGGAAGCUGUUGGAAAAUAAUGAUUCAACAAGCUCUUUUGGUGAAGAUUUUGAUGGAGGUUCUAAUAGGGAUCCAGAAACUUGGAAA